GCACCCAAUUCGAUGGAAUCGAUUGUUACCGCUUUGUUCUUUACAACUGAUGAUGUUGGUUCAGCCUUAGGGCUCCUCGUGGUGCCACUUUCGCACGAUCCUUACACCUUCUACGCUUAUAUCAUUAUGUCAGCAUUAAUUAUUGUCACAGGAUCACUGCUGUUAAUUCUGUUUCGCAAAUAUGAUCUUGCGCCGUCUUCCUUGUCAGAUGAUUCGAACGUCAAUCUUGAAAAUACUGCAAGGAUAAAAACGAUUCUGAGUUUGAACUGA